AGCAUGGGCACAAGCAAUUUGGCGAAGGCUGGGUUUUGUUUCGUUCAGCCCAUGGUGCGCAUUGCUUGUCACGCAGGUGUGGCUCUUGGAAACCUUUCAAGGCCCAUGAAGCCACAGAUGGAUCUGGACGAUGAAGAGGAACCAAUGCCUCAACUUGCUGAGGAAGCCAAAACAUUGCGGGCAUCCUACUAUUGUAUUGAUGCGGCCAGAUCCCACAAUCGUCUUGCACAUCAGCAACACCUCCGGAACCUGAAGCAGUUCAUGAAGGAGCAUACUGAAGAUGAGCUUCUUCAACAAGUCAUUGAGAAGCGCCUGGCACAGCUUCUGAGUCAGGAAUCAGAUACAGAAGUGCAAUCGAGAAAGGUAGGAACCCUCAACACAGCAUUGACGAUUCAACAUCAUUGCAUCUCGUUGAGAUGUUGCAUCUGCCGUGUUCAUAUGCUUUUCCGUGUUCUUUUUUCCCUUUGUCUUGGUAAACUUCUAAGCUGCGCUGCGCAGUGAUAUUUUUCGGCCUACGCCGAAGCGCACGCCUGCACCUGCGGCAGCCCGCGCUGCCCCAGGUUUGACGAGAUCGACGCCAAGGCCAAAGCACCCAAGGCACCCCCAAGGUCACCGAGCGCUUCGCGAGGUGAGGCGAAGAGAUCGACCUGGAGCGUGACGGAACGAGAGACUCCUCGCAGCGAGCACAAGAAGUCCACCUGGGGCUUUCCUACAUUCUCGAGGAAGUGAAGGGGCGAGAGCGCACUACAAGUUUCCUGAGGGUUGUGCCGUAAGUGCUAAUUAGCCCGGAGGUGUACAAUGCACGAUGAAAUCCCUUGAGCCAAGCUUGUAUGGGCUUGUGCAGGGUGUGCGUAUCCCUUGCAGCAGAUUGGCACAAGGGGUGCCUGCUACACGUCGAGCCCAACUGGCUCCUUUUACGUCUUGCUACGAAGACGUGCUUCAGAUUUGCAGGGUGUUCUGAUAGUAUUGUUUGCCUAGGCUUCAAAUCUUCUGUGAAUAUUAUUCAUCUUAUGUGCAUUUGUAUGGUGAUGUGUGGGGAGGUCUAGCUCAGUAGUGCGGUGUGGGGUCAUGGUGUCAAGUCCUGUGGAUUUGUGGUGCUUGGUACGGGUUUGUCAUUGACUCUGUUGGUUUUGGCGACUUGUGAUGGAUCAGGGAGAUCUGCGGUCCGCAGUCCUUUCGUGUGGUAUGUGGUGGGCUUUGCAUGCUUGCAAAUUCAAAAGACAUCAGGUCUUCAGUGCAUGGUUGAUAAACUAGCAGGCAAAUACAUAAGCGUGUUCAGGCUCACUUACUGUGCAGCUUCGUCGUGUGUGGUAAGACGAGAGUGCCACGCUUUUCACUGGGGGGAUGAGGGUUUCAGGAGGAGGUACACAUGAUCCAAAGCUCCACAAGUUCUACAAAGCUCAGGCCGAAGACAAAGGCGAAAGGGACCGGGAUCGGUCCACUUGCCACCUGAAAAGCAGACAGACGUAAAGAGACUCAAACAAGGAAAGACAGGACAAGACCUCAAGGCCGGAAACCCGGCCGACCGACCUGGCAUGCGAAAAAAACACGGACGUGGAGGA